UUUCUUGAUUCUACAACAACACAUUUGUCUUCUUCCUUCCAAGGUUUUAGCUUAUUAUUAUCUUUACAUAAACCUUUCUCUUCAUUCAAUCUGCACACUUUCACAUAAUCACAUUAUCUUCUGUUUCAAGUUGUUAUCUUUUUCAGUUUCUUGAAUUCAAGAACAGAAAAAAGUUCAAAAAACAGAGAGAAAAGUGUGCAAAAAUGGAAGGUGUCAUUCAAACAAAAGGGUUUUUUUUGUCCCUCCCUUCAAACCCACAAUCAAGAAUCUUUCUUAAUAAAAUCCCACAACAAUUUAUCAGACAAAGAUUCAAUCUUUCCUUAAAAAAAUCCAAACCCACAAAUCUUUUUUGCUUAAAACCCAAAUCCCCAAAUGGGUUUUCUCCAAAUCUUAAUGGGUCAAGAAAAUUUCAUGGGUUUGGUUUGUUUGAUGUCAAAAAGUUAAAUACUUUGCAUGUUUGUAAAGCCUCCGCCGGCGCCGGUGGUGGUGGUGCCGGUGAGUUGGAGGUUGACCCACCAAAGUUUAUGGGUGUUGAAGUGUUGACUUUGAAAAAGAUUAUACCUUUAGGGUUAAUGUUUUUUUGUAUUCUUUUUAAUUAUACAAUUCUUAGGGAUACAAAAGAUGUGUUAGUGGUGACAGCCAAGGGUUCAAGUGCUGAAAUUAUACCCUUUUUGAAAACUUGGGUUAAUUUGCCAAUGGCUAUAGGGUUUAUGCUAUUAUAUACAAAAUUGUCUAAUGUGCUAACAAAGAAUGCUCUUUUUUACACUGUGAUUCUGCCGUUUAUCGCGUUUUUUGGGGCGUUCGGGUUUGUUUUGUAUCCACUUAACAAUUAUUUUCACCCGACUGCACUUGCGGAUAAGCUGCUUGAGUUCUUGGGGCCUCAGUUUCUUGGUCCGCUUGCGAUUAUGAGAAUUUGGAGUUUUUGUUUGUUUUAUGUUAUGGCUGAGCUUUGGGGGAGUGUGGUGGUUUCGGUUUUGAUUUGGGGGUUUGCUAAUCAGAUAACAACUGUUGAAGAGGCAAAAAAGUUCUAUCCACUAUUCGGGCUUGGAGCCAAUGUUGCCUUAAUAUUCUCGGGUCGUACGGUGAAAUACUUCUCAAAUAUGCGAAAACAUCUGGGCCCGGGAGUUGACGGAUGGGCUAUUUCUUUAAAAUACAUGAUGAGUAUUGUGGUGUUAAUGGGCCUAGCAAUUUGCAGUCUUUAUUGGUGGGUCAAUACAUUUGUUCCGCUUCCUACCCGUAGCAAGAAGAAGAAGGAGAAGCCAAACAUGAGCACAAUGGAAAGUUUGAAAUUCUUAGCAUCGUCGCCAUAUAUUAGGGAUUUAGCUACUUUGGUUGUUGCAUACGGGAUUAGCAUAAAUCUUGUCGAGGUUACAUGGAAAUCAAAGCUCAAGGCGCAGUUUCCUAGCCCGAAUGAAUAUUCUUCAUUCAUGGGCGACUUUUCAACCGCAACCGGAAUUGCAACAUUUACAAUGAUGCUUUUAAGUCAAUGGAUAUUCAACAAAUAUGGUUGGGGCGUAGCCGCUAAAAUCACACCGACGGUCCUACUUCUAACCGGCGUUGGGUUCUUUUCUUUGAUCUUGUUUGGCGACCCACUUGGCCCCGGCCUUAUGAAGUUCGGGAUGACCCCACUUCUAGCCGCGGUCUAUGUUGGUGCAAUGCAAAAUAUAUUUAGCAAAAGUGCAAAAUAUAGUUUGUUUGAUCCUUGCAAAGAAAUGGCGUAUAUUCCAUUGGAUGAAGACACCAAGGUUAAAGGCAAGGCGGCAAUAGACGUCGUGUGCAACCCCUUAGGGAAAUCGGGUGGAGCUCUAAUUCAACAAUUCAUGAUCUUAACGUUCGGUUCACUUGCAAAUUCAACACCGUACCUUGGUGGCAUACUCCUGGUGAUCGUGCUGGCGUGGUUAGGUGCCGCCAAGUCACUGGACACGCAGUUCACCGCGUUGAGGCGGGAGGAAGAACUUGAAAAGGAGAUGGAAAGAGCUGCGGUUAAAAUCCCGAUCGUUUCUUCAAAUGUUGACACAAACGGGUCCGUUGGCAGCGAUUCCAACACCAAUAGUUCAACCGAAACAUCUCCUCGGAACUUGUGAAUUCCGAGGGGUUUAUAGGGUUUUAGGGUAUGAUGUUUUUUAAGGUAUUGUUUUGUUGGUUUGAGUAGAUAAUAAAAGCAAAGGCUUUUUGUAGUCUUUAAAGUUUUGCUUAUAGUUCUUCA